AUUCUCAUCUGCAGGACCUCAAGUUGUCCCAUGGCUGCACAUGGGCUGCUGAUGUCCAGCUUGAGAGGGGCAUCUCUGCAGCAUCACGUUGGAGCAGAACUGCCCCACGCUCAGCAGUGAUGCUCCUCCAUAGUUUUGGACUCAUGAAGAAAUUUUAGAUCCUCCUGGGGAAAAGAAAAAUAAAAGACUCUCAAACGGAUCAUUUCCAAGAGGAAGUCCAGCAUCCAGACCUCAGCACUGCUUUGUUUCCUGCUGCUGGCAACGCGAGGCAGGCUGGAGCGACAAGGAGCUCGGGGCGUGCAAGGAGGCAAAAGGUAAAAAAGCAGAAGCUGAAUAAUUUCUGCCUCUGGAAUGGUGCCAAGGUCUGAAGCUGACACAUCCAUGUGUCUUCCGUCCCUGCGGCGCAAGUAGGGUUUUAAUCUUAACCGCCCUCAUGGGUUUUUGGCUCAGAUUUAUCACUAAUUAAAAUGGGCAGCGGCUGGCGUUGUCCCGUGUACAGUGAAUUCAGAGCAAAGGCAGCCAUAGAUUGCUUUUCCAAGUGAAGCCAUAGCAAUAACAGGAAGUAAAACGUUAGCAAAAAUUUAAAGUGCGGCUCCAGGAUCCAAGAACGAUUUCUGCCUCAUGAAAUCUUGCUGCUGCAGUGCGUGAGCUCAGCAUGGUGAUGGCUGGGAUUUAAUCUCUGAGCACCCCUGCAAGCUGGCUCGGAUGAAGAUGAGCGCAGUGUUCCUCCUGCUCCUGGUGUCCAUCCCCAGCUCCUUGGCGGAGCAGGACCUGCCAAGGCGGGAGCCACGGCGCCUGUCAUGUGUGCGGUGCUGCGGGCCCUCAGAACAGCCCGUCUCCAUCAUCUCCUCACGAUACACAAGGAUGAGCAGUGAUCCUGCUUCCUCGAUACCCAAAGUACAGCCAACCAUAGACAUCACUAUCCUCAAAGGUGAGAAGGGGGAAAUGGGAGAAAAAGGGUACCCUGGAGCAGCUGGGAAGGAAGGAGAGAGAGGGCUACGUGGUUUCAAUGGACGGAAGGGCCAGAAAGGCCAGCCUGGACCCCAGGGCCACUCAUGCAAGCAGCUCUAUGCUGCCUUCUCAGUGGGUCGCAGAAAGCCCUUGCAUAGCUCAGACUACUUCCAGCACGUCAUUUUCGACACAGAGUUUGUGAACCUCUACAAGCACUUCAACAUGUUCUCAGGAAAGUUCUUCUGCUACGUGCCAGGAAUCUACUACUUCAGUCUCAACGUCCACACUUGGAACUUCAAGGAGACCUACCUGCACCUGAUGAAGAAUGAGGAGGAGAUGGUCAUCCUCUAUGCCCAGCCCAGUGAUCGGAGCAUCAUGCAGAGCCAGAGCCUGAUGCUGGACCUGCAGGAAGGAGACGAGGUCUGGGUGAGGAUGUUCAAGCGGGAGCGAGAAAACGCCAUCUAUAGUGAGGAGUCUGACGUUUACAUCAUCUUCAAUGGCCAUUUAAUCAAGCCAGCUGUAGAGUAGCUGUUCCUCAGCUUCACGCUCAGAGCUUUUGUAGGGGUUUCUCUGAUGCAUUAAUGUCUUCCCUUUUAGAAAUGCACACCUAGCUCUGCUUAGAAGGACUGCAGCAGGCAGCCUCCUGGUGGCUUUGUGUCCAUGCCAGGGACACCUGUGAAUGGAGGUGAUGGGGCUUCAAGGUUCUGCAAGAGAUGACCACAAAAGGUUUUAACCCUUAGCAUGCUCUGGAAACAAAGCACAGAAGGUCCCAGUUCUGCAGCCCCAUGUAGAUCCCCAGGGACAUCCCUGAAGAGUUUGCCAAGUUGGUAGCAACAAAAUUAAUCUCUGCUUUUCCUUGGAAAAGACAGGACUGUAGGGAUUAGAAGGGAUUUGGGGAGACUGAAUAGCUCAAAGAGACAUUUGGAUUAGAUCUAAGGGUUAUCUUCAAAUACCUGCUGUCCAGGUACUAUUUAAGGAACAUAUCUACCACAGUACUUAGCAGUGGCAGUAUUGCUAACAAAGCCCCCUUCCUGCCAGCACCCACACCAUGCCUGCUCCACUCAAGUGGGCAAGUACACACAGUGUUAGCAUUUCGCACAGUACAAUUACCCUGAAAUACAUUUCUGUUCCAUUUCAUGUAAUACUACAUUCUGAGAGCAAAAUGCUAGAAUUACAUAAAUAACAGCAUAGUGACCUGGAAAACUUUCUCAGAGGCAUAGUUUUAAGUACAGCUGCAGCCACAUGCCAUAACUUUACUAGACUGCUACACUGCUAGCAAAGCUUCUUGCACAACACCAGGAUACCAGGGGCAUUUCCAUUUUAAGGAAAACAGUGGGCACUGCCUUAGGAUGCUAUCUGUGAGUGCUCACUGCCAAGCUGGAGUCUUCCAGACAUGAGCAUGGCAUUAAUUACUGUCUUCCAGCACUCUCACCUCUGGUAACUGGAAGAGAAAGCCAGGAGGAAGAAAGGUGCUUCACUACCAGCAGUGAUAUUACAGGGAAUUUGGUUUCACAUCAUAAUGGAGAGGUGCAUGCAGCAACAAGAAACCUCAUUUCCCCUGGUUCCUCUGUGCCCAUCCCCUCCUGUUUGUACCUUGAGCCAUUUGUAUGAAGGAUACAUGAAGACAAAUUGCUUCACUGCUGUGCCUCACCUACCCACACCUGUUCAGAAAAGUAGCUGAAAUAAACAGAUUGCUUUGAGUGCA